AUGUGGUUAAUUCUGUAUGUUUGUUUGUUCUUGUCAUGCAACUCUCACAUCUUUGUAGCUUUGAUGGACAGUUCAGGAACCUGUAAGCUACAGGGACACUUUCAACUGAAUGGGAUGUAUAAGAAUGGAGACUUUCUCAUUGGUGGUUUGUUUGAGGUUCAGUACCUCAAAGCAUUUCCAGAACUGGGUUACAGAACAGAGCCAAAGCUACCACACUGUGAGCUCUUCUAUAUGACAAGCUUCCAGCAGGCAGCAACAAUGGUUUUUGCUAUCAGUGAGAUUAAUAACAAUCCAAACCUGCUGCCUAACAUCACACUUGGUUACCAAAUCUAUGACAACUGUUUAAGGCUUGGAGUGGCAUUCCGUGGUGCUACAGCUCUGGUUGGUGGGACAGAGGAGACCAUCUCUGACCUCAACUGCAAAGGGCCACCACCGGUGAUUGGACUCAUAGGUGAUCCAGGUUCUACUCAUUCUAUUGCAAUUUCCAGUGUCUUAGGGCUGUUUCGACUGCCUAUGAUCAGUUUCUAUGCCACCUGCUCAUGUUUGAGUAACAGGAAAAAGUACCCUUCUUUCUUCAGAACAAUCCCCAGUGAUGCUUUCCAGGUUCGGGCUAUGGUUCAGAUUUUGAGACAUUUUGGAUGGAGCUGGAUUGGUCUCCUUUACAGUGAUAAUGACUAUGGUGUCUACGCAGCUCAGUCCUUCCAUCAAGAAAUGCAGCUGUUUGGACAUUGUGUUGCUUUUUCUGAAAUACUGCCCAAUGUUAACAACCCCAGAGAUAUUCAGCGCAUAAUGAGAGUAAUUCAGGCCUCUACAGCUAGAGUACUGGUUGUUUUUUCCCCUUCAUCCUUAUUGAUACCUUUGAUGGAAGAGGUGGUAUUACAGAACAUGACAGGUAGGCAGUGGAUUGCAAGUGAAUCUUGGGCCACUACACCUAUGUUUCGCACACCACGUUUCAAACCAGUCUUGGGGGGCACACUGGCCAUUGCUAUCAGGAGUGGAGAGAUCCAAGGGCUUCAGGACUUUUUGUUACGUCUUCGUCCCAACACAGAUGAAAGAAAUAAUAUGUUGAGGAUCUUCUGGGAGAACAUGUUUGGGUGCAGUUUUGUAACUGAGAGUAAAGAUGGAGAGCAAGUGAAAAAGGUGUGCACAGGACAGGAAGAUCUGAGACAAACAAACACACCAUACACUGAUGUUUCUGCUUUGAGAGCACCCUACAAUGUGUAUAAGGCAGUUUAUGCUCUGGCACAUGCACUUCAUGACCUGAUGCAAUGUAAGGAGGGGAGAGGGCCAUUCAGUGGGAACAGCUGUGCGGACAUGUCAAAUCUAAAACCUUGGCAGCUGGUUCACUACCUACAGAAAGUCAACUUCACCACAGGCUUUGGGGAUCACGUGUCAUUUGAUAAGAAUGGAGAUGCUCUGCCCAUCUAUGAUGUGUUAAAUUGGCAACCAAGCUCUGAUGGAUCAAUAAGGUUCCACAAGAUUGGUGUAGUAAUUAAAGGGGCAGAAACAGGAAUGGUACCCAUUUUGGAUGAGAAUUUAAUCUACUGGAACUUUGAGUCUAAAAAACCCCCACGAUCUGUGUGUAAUGAAAGAUGCCCCCCAGGAACCAGACAAGCAAUAAAAAAGGGCCUUCCUCUCUGUUGUUUUGACUGUUUGCCAUGUGCAGAUGGAGAGAUUUCUAAUACAACAGAUGCUGUUGAGUGCAUAACAUGUCCAGGGGAGUUCUGGUCCAAUCCAGAUAAGGAUCAGUGUGUGCCCAAAGAAGUAGAGUUUCUAUCCUAUGAGGAUCCUCUGGGCAUCUCUCUGACCACUGCCUCUUUGCUUGGUUUAUGCUUCUGUGGUUUUGUGAUAAUCGUAUUUGCUCUUCACUAUAAUACUCCCAUUGUACGAGCCAACAAUUCAGAGCUCAGCUUCCUGCUGCUGUUGUCACUUAAACUGUGUUUUCUGUGUGUGCUGCUGUUCAUUGGCCGACCACAGUUAUGGACAUGUCAGUUAAGACAUGCUGUGUUUGGUAUAAGUUUUGUCCUGUGCAUCUCCAGCAUCCUGGUCAAGACUAUGGUAGUAAUAGCUGUGUUCAAGUCAUCUCGACCAGAGGGUAAAGGAGCAAUGAAAUGGUUUGAAGCUGCUCAACAAAGAUGCACAGUUCUGGUCUUAACAGCACUUCAGGUUGUGAUAUGUGCAGUCUGGCUAUCAACUGCCUCUCCAACACCACAUAAAAACAACCAGUAUAUCCGCUCUAAAAUAGUAUAUGAAUGUGCUAUAGGAUCAGUGGCAGGUUUUUCUUUGUUGUUGGGAUACAUUGGACUGUUGGCAGCAGUAAGCUUUCUGUUAGCUUUUCUUGCAAGAAAUCUUCCAGAUAAUUUUAAUGAAGCAAAGUUCAUCACUUUUAGUAUGUUGAUCUUCUGUGCUGUGUGGAUUGCAUUUGUUCCAGCAUAUGUGAGUUCUCCAGGGAAAUAUUCAGUGGCUGUGGAGAUAUUUGCUAUUUUAGCUUCUAGUUUUGGAUUACUGGUGGCCAUAUUUGCCCCAAAGUGCUACAUCAUUCUUUUACAUCCAGAGAGAAAUACUAAAAAAGCAAUCAUGGGAAGAGAAACACAAAAGAAAUAG